AUGGCCAACUCGACGAACUCGCAGAUCAAUAUAGCCACUUUGAGUGUUUCAGGUCCAACGCUAUCCCUGCCACGGGCCCACUUAGGUAGACGGUGGCGACCUAAUUUGAGAUAUUCAUAUCAGACCUAUACAUUGUUGUGUGCCUUAGUUUCCCUUAUUGCGCGCCUUCCUCUCAAGCAUCACCUUGCCCACUCCCUCUCGUCUCAAGGCAUUGCUGUCAUCGUCAUGUUGCGCAUAUCUCAAAUUCUGUCGUCGAUUCUCCUCGUAUGUGCAUCCGUUGUCACGGCGGACUUCGACCAGUUUUAUUUUUCGAGCAACGCGACCAAUUAUGUCUGCCCUGGCAUCGGCUUUGGGUGUAAACCACCAAUGAUAUGUGCGCACGAGUCUGUCACGGAUCAGUUCUAUUGCUGCGCGCCCGGUGCUACAGACGCAGUCUGCUGGAAGGGAUCACCAGCUUGCGACGGCGGUAGUAAGCAGACACCUUCGGGGGGCCAGCAGUCAUGCUCCAGUGGCACUAAUGCUUUCUGCUGCUUGAAGUCUCGCGAGGAAUGUACGGCGACAAAAAACCAAGUCAACGUGUGCUGGAGCACACUUGAUAAUCCUAUCGCAAAUCUCUCUGACACAAAACUAAACGACACCUUCUCCUCCCUCAGCUCCGCCCACCCCUCGGCAUCCUCCUUCCCCAUCCCCCUCGCGCAACUGCAAGCAACAGCAACACCCACGACCUCUCUCCCGGUGUUGCUUUCUGCAUCGUCGCUCUCCAGCGCUUCUGAAACAGCCAGCCGCACCGCCAUUGACGCGCCGAUUUCCGCCGAACCAACCGAGAAGAAAGGCGUCUCUGGCGGCGCGAUCGGCGGUAUAGUUGGGGGGGUGGUAGGAGGUCUCGUCAUAAUAAGUGUAUUCGGUUUCCUCAUGUUCCGGCGUCAUAAAGCCGCUUCAAAAGGGGAGCAUGCACCGAUCGCCAGUGGAAGUCCGAGUGAACAUGAACACGGGAACCCGUAUGAGAUGAAUGCGUAUCAGCAGCAGCAUGCUGGAAUAGCGGAGGCGCCAACACCGACAGAAAAGUAUGCGUACAAUGCAGGUGCUGGGCCGGUAGCGCCAGCGAGUCCGUAUAGAGACGUACCUGAGGUUCAAGGAAGUACCGUGGGGAGUCCAGUUUUCGAGAUGCAGGGGAGUGCGCCGGUGGAGAUGGAUGGCAGUCGGCCUGUGAGGAGAUGA